UUCAGUCAUGCUAUUGCGGUUGCUACGAACGCUGGACUUCACGUUUGACAUGUUGGAACAUUAUGUUUGAUUUAAAAAAUUGCCAAACGCUGAUUCAGCACACGUUUUAAGUCAGCCAGGACGAAGUGAAUGCUUCACGGUUCUCAACCAUGCAUAAAUGUGAUAAUAGUAGCCAGACAACACAUCGAUUGUUGAAGAUGACUGCCCAAUUUCCGGACAGUAGUUAGACCUAAAGACUAAAACUUAAAGACGCGAUCACACAAAACUGCAGCGGUGCCAUUUCUGAAUCGGAGUUAAAACCUUGGGAUAAUAAUCUCACCGCGGAAUUGGCACACUCCUUUCUUUUAAAUGCCUUUCUUAGAAGGCUAAACGUCAUGAACCAAGAUUCAAGAGAAAAGACUGAGUUGAGCGGGACUCGGAUCACCAAGCAGAUUCUGAAGACAAGAAGUGGCGAGUUUGACCUUGAGAGCAUCCAUAGCUUAAUCCUCAGAGAAAUGGACAUUGAUCACUUGGGUUGCAUCGGAGACUGUACUUACCUGGAGAGGCUAGACCUGAGUAGAAAUGACCUUGCCAACCUUCGACCUCUGACCCCUCUCAAGCAGCUGUCAUGCUUGAACAUUUCAGCCAAUCGGAUCACAAACAUUGAUCCUUUAAAGGAACUUGUUAAUCUUCAAACCCUCAACGUGUCCGGGAACCUCAUAAGCAGCGUCGAUAGUCUCCAGUGCUUGGCCGACCUAGACUCCCUCUCCAGUUUGACCUUGAGUGACCCCCUGACUGGUCUCAAUAACCCGGUGUGCCACAGCGCUUCCUACAAGUCCAACGUGAUGUCCAUGCUUCCGAGGUUAAAGGUCAUGGACGGAGAGAGAAUGUUGGGGAAUGGCAGAGAACUCAUUGAACUUUGUCAGAAGCUGGAUGCAAUGUUGGAAGGAUCCCAAGAGAGUACAACGACCAGAAUGGAUCAACCGUCGCCCUGGGUGAGCAAAGACUUCUGGGAGAUUAAAGGGGCAGUUGAUUCAGAUCAAGACAGAUGGAGUGCAGAACAGCAGUUUCAAGACAUCUUGAAAAGCUGCAAGGACUUGGAGUUUGAUGCAUCACGGAGUCUAACGGAAAGCGCUGGAGAAAAGACAUGACGGCGAUCUGGAAAAGUAGCGAAAGUGUGCCAACACCAUUAUUUCUGAAUCAUGUAAUAUCCUGCCAAAGUUUUCUUGCUACCUACCCUACUUGCAGUGCUUAGAACUGUUUGAAAGAAAUUCCAUCUAGACUCACAUGGAAUAUAUUUUCAACUGGAAAAUCCCCCUGUAGUGAUUUUCUGUACUGGUGUAAGACAGAGAGAUAUCGGUGGUCUCAGAAAGAACUCCCAGAGCUGCUAAAUAGGGAGAAAAGUCGCAAGCGUAGAUUUGUGUAUCUCAUUGCAGAUGUGUAUACAUGUUGAAUCUGGAACCGUAAUCCUAGAGGCCUCUUUGCUUGGCACAAUGCUCAAUCCUUCAAAUUCUCCACUUAUUCAUGCCAGAAAACUUUAUUCAGCCUCAGUCCUCCAAAAUCCUCCCAAUACUUCUUGAAUAUGCCCCCUUGGGGGGUGCCCACUGCCUCAUUCUAUCAAAAUCCUCCAGCAGUCCCUGUCAUGUUGAUGCAAUGCAAAUGGUACCCUAGAGCAGUAUGGAGGAUUUCACAUAUAACGCGGGCAUGAAUCUAUGCAUGGCUGAACAUGAACAACACAAAAGGUCUAACCCAAAACCUAGACACAAUACAUCCUUUGCAAUCAGCCACACCUUUUGCCAUUCUUAUUCCUAAACAAUCUUCAAAACCACCUGGAGGAUUUUGGAGGGUUAGAAUUAAAGGUGUUUGAGUGUAGUGAUCAAGGAUCCUUUCCCUUUUCUGCACUGUGCUUUAUUUUGCAGAAGGGUUGUUUCCUAGGAAUAUUGAGUUGGAGCACUAUCAAUGUCUUGCUGUUGAAAGGUAACAUGACAAGCAGUAAUCACUCAGUACAUGUCUCUCUCAAAUGACGUCACUUCCUCCAGAUUGUCCACGUGUAUUGGCAUUUUAGACUUCAAAUUCUGGUGACAUGCAUCAACUGCAGUACAUUUUGAAGAUGUUUGGAGGUCAACACAUGUGCGUGUAGAACACUUGCACGCUGCUCGCACACGUACCUGAAGGAGUUCAAUGCCCAGUUGUACUUUUCCUACAAAGAUGGCGUCCUUUGACAGAGAUCUAUAACUGAUGGUAACCAGGAACAUGUGUACACUUAGCACUUCUGUGGAACUAGUUCUGUUUUAGGAAUGUUUAUGUAAACCUUAACUGCCCCGUAUCCUACCUGAAUUUGAACAACAGGCAUCGAGGCAUUUGGGUGGAUACAUUUGUGGGACUUGAUAUCAUGUUUUUGCUCAAGGCCAGUGAUUUGUUUUCUGCAGUUUUCAAUAUUUGUGUAUUUUGAAAACUUACAAUGGGACUGAGGCUUAAGUUUUGUCUUGUACAGGGUUUUUGAAUUUGUUGAAAGAGGUCUGUCUGUGAAUCGAAAAUAUGAAUUUUGAGUAAAGAUUUUGUUUCUGUAAUUUUGAAUAUACUGUUGUUUAAAUUGAUGCCAUUUUACAGAAAAUUGAAUUUUAAUUGAAGAUUAAUUGCAAAGGCGAAUGUAAAAAAUCAGUACUGUAAUCAGAGAGUAUAUAAAAGAUGAAUUUAUAAAAAAAAAGACGAAUUUAUCAAAAAAAGUGAACGACCAAGCUCAAAUCUUAUCUUAGUGAAAAGUUUACAUUUCAAAAUUUGUUGUUUUACAAGUAGGUAUGAAUGGCACUGCAGUGAAACUACCGGUUUGCGUUCUUCCUGUUUUAGCUUGUCUAGUGAGUAAAGGUCAAGUUGAUUUCACGAAACUUUA